AUGGCCGUAGCAUCAACAUCGACCCAAGACGAUGCCACUUCUUGCACCGAAUCAUCACUGCUCGUCCUGCCGAGUUUGCCCACGCUCGUCGUCCAGGCCUUACCAUGGCUCUACACGCAAUGGAUCAAGCUUGAUCAAGCUCAGUUACAAGGCUAUCAGGUGUGGGCUGUUGAGCAGAGGUAGGUGUCCUACCCCGGGUCUUGGGAUUGGGGUGGGGAGUGUCCGCUGACGACUCGGACUCGGGUGCUGCAUUGAAUGAAUAGGGUCACCGAUCGAACGGCCCUGUUACCCGUCAUCACCGUCGCAACAGGCAUAGACGAACAUGUGGUGUGUAGUCUCACCUCUAGUCUGGAGUUCCGACUUCCACCUUACUAAUCACCUAUUACCUCCCAACAGAUUACCGUCGACCGCUACCAAUUGAACCCGGCCCUCCACCUCACUCCGGACCAACACCGCCAAGCAUGGAACAAGGCUAAAUCUCUGCUCAAAGCUUCCAAUGCGAGGCUAGCCAACGUAUGCGCCCCAAAGCAGCACUCACUUGGUGGUUCCUCUGUGAUUCGGAGCUGACGUGUAUUCGACGCCCCACCCAGACCCACCUUGGCUCGGUCCCCGUCACGGCGUUACCUUCCCUCGCGGCGAUGAACCUCUCUUUGGUCCAAUUACCCGAUGCCGUAGAUUAUGCCAGCGUUAUGGAUGUGCUCUAUCAGAACAUCAACUUGAGGAGGUCGGUACUGUGUUCGCACCCAGUCGGAGCAAACACGUUCGCUCACAGUUUUCGCACUUCUUGCCUUUGCCCACAGACUCGGUAUGGGAGCGAGAAGUAGUCUCGGUUUCGCACCGGCAACGCAAGUCCCGCUUGAUUCCACCCUAGUCAUCACUGAUCUCGGUCAAACUAACCCCCUUAUCGCCUAACCCACCUCAAUAGAUACCCUCAACUCCUCCACUUCCGGCAAACUUUCCACCUCCCCACCCCCACGCCCCGUUCCCACUCCCUCCCCUCCACAAUCACAUCUACCUCAACCCUCUCUCAACCCUCCUCGAACUACAUCAUCAUCGACCUCCUCAAACUGCUGCAACACGCCCUCUCUCUCUUCAACCUAGGGCCGGUGUAUACACCUUCACCCGGAGGCACGUCGACGACGACGACAGACGAUCCUGAACGACCAUUGAGGAAUCGAGAAGGGGAUGGUUUGUUGUGCGAUACGACCCUUUCCGCGCUCGUCAAAUUUCGAAAAGAAUUCGCUUACCCUUUCGUAGGAAUGGAUUCGAAAGCCUCGGGAUCGACUUGGUCGUUGGAGAACGAAAGGGGAGGUGAAAUCAUUCUCACUUCCACACUUUUGGCGGCCCUUUUAUCCCUAAGUUUGGCAACUCGUACACGUAUGGUCCUUCAAGGCGCUCAGAACGUACCCAAGGAUCCUUUUGAAAAAAGAAGGAAAUUCGUUCGUUCUGUCGCGGCGUUCAAGAAGGAGUAUAGGAUGGAAGAAGAGGGCGAAGGGAAUGGGUGGAUCACGACGUCUUUUUUGGAGCGGUUGAGAAGGGAGGGGAGGAAGGGGAGGGGUAAAGAAGGGGAGACGGCUGGGAGGAGGAAAGUCGUAGGAAAGGUUUUGAGUGUCGUUCCUGGAGUCGGUGCAGGGAAAGGGGGGGACAUGCAUGACGAAGAUCAGGAGCACGGGUCGAUCAAGGACGACUCGCAUAGAGAUCAUCGCGUGUUGACGAGACGACUACACAAACCACGCCUAGGCGAUCUCGAAACGACCGAAUUGGAGGCGUUGGUCGAACACAUGAAGAACGGCUCGGUUGGGGGUGUAUUGACGGCGCGACUGUGGGAUUUGACGAGGAAUCGGAAGGAGAGGAGGGAGGAAGAGAGGGAACGCAAGAGGGAGGAAGUGGAAGAGGGGAGCGCGACGGAUGGAAUUGGUGCAACCUGGGGAGGUGCGGGUGGGGGUACUACGAGCGGUGAGGGAGAGAUCUUUGGGUUUGGAAGAGGGGUCCUCAAAGGAGUUAGGCAGCGGGCGGGGAGAGCGGUGGGCAAGAUUGGGGAUGGGUUGGGCUUCAAUGAUGCGAGUUCGGCCGCGGCGGGUAAUCAUGGCAAGGAGACGCCGAGCGUCGUCAUUUCUGCGUGAGUCAGAUUGGGUCUCAGAGGUCCGUUGGAGGACUAAGCGCCGCUCUGAUGCCCCAUGUAUGAUCUCAGACCCGCGGGUUACGACCUCCGUCAUUCCUCAACCGGCGAUUCGGCAUCUCUCAAUUCUCAAUCCUUCGCCUCGCGUAUCGCCUCAGCCCUCACAACCGAACACACCAUGAACCCUCUCCCUUCCGUCGUCCGUAAUCGAUUCACCAACAGUCAGUCCCCUCCUGCUGUGGCUCGAUCAAGUAAUUCUACGGCCACGCCGGGGAAUGGGUCUAUCAAGAGUCGUGAGAAGGAGGAUGGUGGGGUAGUGUUGCCGAGUUCGUUGAGGUCCGAGACUUCUUCGGUGGUGCAUUUGGGGGUGGGGACGUUGGAUUUGAAGUUGCCAAGGAGGACGGUUAGUGCUUCAAAUAUGGGGCAUGGGGGGAAUGCGCCGUCGUCUUCUUUGGGAAUGGGAGGGUGGCAUGGCAUGACCGACGACGAUGAGGAAGAAGAAGCGAUUAAACGUGACGAACAAGGUUCAAGGCGUCGUCACUCGUUCCACACCCUCUCUACCCUCGAAGAACCUUUUCAACACCUAUCCCGCCGUCGUCUCGAACUUGACGUCGAACUACGCUACGCAGCAUGGUCCCUCAAAAGGAAGGAGAAGAAUCUCCUCAAGAUGAAAAUGGCUCUCAGGAACGUCUUGCAAGCGUAUGGGAAGGCGGUUGAGCAGGUUGAGAAAGGGGAUCAGGUAGAGGUGGCCGAUGAGUUGGUGGAGAGGAGUGAAGCGCUGUUGGAUCGGUUCGAUUGGUUCACGAGAUCGAAAUCGUCAACAUUGGGGGAAUUGGUCGAUUCGACGAAAGAAGCCUUGUAUGGCGCCGAUCGAUUGAGGAAGCGCGUUGACGAGAUUGAGAGUAUGGAAGUUUCUCUUGCGGAUUCGUUGGGGAAGAAGAAGGUGGGGGAAGGGAUGAGGACGGGAAAAAGCGGACUGGAGGAUUUGGUGGAGAAGGCUCGAGCGCAGACGGGCGGAUUGAUGAGGAAGGUUGUGCAGGGGUUGGAGAGAUGGGGGGUGGACGGGUGGUUGGAGUGGUUUAGGGAUGAGUUGGACGUGCCUGCUCGGAUUGGGGAGGACGCCAUGGGUUCCGAGCACGACGAGGGGGGGUCACAGGUGGAGGACGGGGGACUGAAGGGGGAGAUGGUAAGGGUGCUGAAUGGGGGCGGAACAGACGGAUGA